AAGAUGCUGAGGCCGGGGGGAUGGAAGAUGCUUCAGGUUGGGAUGCAGCAGGGUGUGGCGUUGCGGGGCACUGCUGGGCCCGCAUCAGGAUGGGGUACUUCUGCACGCUCGGUCGCUCCCACACCUCCGUGUGCCCCACAGCCACCCUAUAUCCCCUGCAGCCAGGGCUGGCAUAUGGCUCCCUGGCCUCGCACUCCUGACGCCCCACAGGAUCACACAUCCCCAUCCAAGCAUGAGCACAGCUGAUGCUUGUGGGGCACAGGAAUGGCCUUGGGAGUUCUGCCACCAGCCCGCAUCCUGCAGCACCAGGGCUGUAACCAGCACAAGGGCACCCACCCCAUGUGGUGGAUAGAUGGGAGGGCAGGGGACGUCUGUCCCUUGUGCUGGGGAUAGAGGCUGUGUCACCUGGGUGAGCAUCACUAGCCACCCUGCUGGUCCCUACUCUGGGCCUUGGCUUUACAAGCUCAGCUGUUCACAUAGGGCUAUUCUUCUCCAGACCAUUGCUCUCCCUGUGCCACUGCAGGCGCUGGAUGAGGACCUUUUCCUAAAGGUGCAGGGAGCCCCAGCAUAGGUGAUGGGACCUUUUGAAGUGUGGGAUGGAGCAAACACACCCCAGACCGUGCAGAUCUCUCUGAGAGAUUCUCCAUGUGGUAUCCCCCAUCCUUCACAACAAAGCCAAAUGCUGACCCAGGUGUAGGGUACUCAUGCUCCCAGUGUUUCCUCUGGACUCCUCACAAAGCCCUGUCUGUCUCCCAUGGGUGACCCUGCGGAGCAGAUGCCCCUCCAGCCCUCAGCAGCUCAGGUGGGAGGUGCUGCUUAUAGCCCUCACAGCCAGAGCUGCCCUGGAAGAGGGGGUCUUGGGCGCUGCUUCUGUCCCCAAACAUGUCCUGCAGCUGAGUGGGGGACACUGUAUCACUUGUUAGUGCAGUGGCAGGGUAUGCCAUGGCGCUCUCCAACAACCACAUCUGCCCUGUCCACAACUGGAAUUACAAUCAGUCGUGCGGCGUGGACAGCCCUGGCUCCUGCUGCACACUGGACCACAUUCCCCUUGUCAGCAAGUGUGGCACCCUGCCCCCUGAGAGCUGCUUCUUCAGCCUCAUCUGCAGCCUGGGCUCCUUCAUGGUCAUCCUGGUGGGGCUGCUGCGCUAUGCCCACCUCCUGGAGUGCCUCGGGCCGUCCCUCCUCAACACCCUGGGGCUUGCCACCGGCUGGGUCUGCGCUGCUGGCCUCACCAUGGUCGGCAACUUCCAGGUGGAUCAUGCCAAGGUGCUGCACUACAUCGGGGCAGGGGUGGCUUUUCCCACCAGCAUGCUGUUCCUGCUCCUGCAGUCCAUCCUCACCUACUGCAUGGCCAAAACCCGUGGGCAGUACUGGACCAGCCACUUACGCAGCAUCCUCACCAUUGUGGCCUUCCUCACCCUCGUUUUCAGUGGUGUGUUCUUCAUCCAAGAGAGCUUCGUGCUGCAGCACGUGGCUGCACUGUGUGAGUGGAUGUUCAUCAUCGAUGUUCUGGUCUUCUAUGGCACCUUCACCUUUGAGUUUGGGGCCAUCUCCACAGACACCUUCCUGGUCCUGCUGAAAGCCAGCCGGGCCCCCAAAAGUUACAAAGAGGAGAGCAGCGUGUCCAGCACAGCCCACAUCCACAGCCAUGCAGAGAGCGUGGCUAUGGCCUGACCCCCAGAGGAGGCAGGCUCACGGUAGGGACCCCCAAAUCAGGCUUUUCCAGUGACUUCCCUGCCUUAAAUGUGUUAGUUCCCGCCUGCUGGGGUGCAGGGGUGCCAGCGUGGUGCUGCUGUCGGCAGAGUCAGGAUCUGCCCCUGAGCCUCUGAGGUUGCCCUGUCUGAAUCAGGCUGUCAGAGGCAGUCAUACAAAGGCAACUUCUGUAAGGAAUGUGAGGGAACAGGGACUCACCCUCCCUUCACCACACAAUCCUGGUGCACUGGAGAAGGGGAAAUCACUGUUCCUCCUUCCUCCAUGGCCACAGGAUUAAGGUUCAGCAGAGCAAGCCUUCCAGCUGGCUGCUGCAACUGUCAGAGGAGCCAAAAACCCAGAGUGCCUUUUCCCUUUCUGAGGAGGCAAUGGCAGUGCCAGUGUGCCUGCCCAGGCAAGGGUGGUGCCUUGUGCGGCUGCAGGAUGACACCAGCAGCCCUGGUUAGACCAUACAGGCGCUCCUAGCCAGGGCUCUCGCUGCUCGGGGGGGCCUUCCACGCCUCCAGUCAGUGACUCCCACAUUCUUUUCAGCUUGGAAAAUUGCUGAGGCAGGUUUCACCUCCUGGCCACAGCAUUACUGUGCUCCCUGAUGGUCAGGUAGGUCAGGAAACGGGUCUCCGCAUUUACCAUGACACCGGGAAAGUCCUGCAAGCGCAGCGCCUGCAGAGCAGUGGAUUUCCCCUGCAUAGCACUGCCAGUCUAAGCAGUCCCACUGGGAAGCCUGCACACCCCAGCCCUGGCCUCCCAGCCCUCCCACCCUGGGUGUGCAGGCACAGAAAGGGGAAGCAGUUCUGUAGAUACAGAGGAAGCUCAUGCCCCUUUCCGCUGGGACUCCCAAAUCCGUCCUCCAGUGCCUCUCACAGUGCUCAGUCUGGCCCACGCCUGCUUGGUGGGAGCCUGUCCUGCUCUCAGCCUCAGCCACAGCCUGGGAUGUCCUGGGCAAGGGGCUGAAUGUGUGUGUGUAUAUAGAUCCACACAUAUAUAUAUACAUAUGCAUAUAUAUAUAUAUAUGUAAAUUUUCCCUUGUCCCUGGAGAGGGGCAUUUGCUGCUGCUGUGCACAUUGAUCAGGUUGGGCUUCCUGAUUUGCCCACCUUUUCAAAAUCGGCCUAUAAACUUACCAGCAUAUGUAGUUCAAAGAGGAGCAUUUAUGACUUUUAUAUCUAAUAUAUGUUUAAUAUAUAUAUAUAUAUAUAUAUAUAUGAAGAGAGAACAGUGGAUUUACAACAAUAAAAGUGAAAAUCA